AACUCAGCUAACUGGUUUAUUUCUCGCCCUUCCCGACCACACUCUACGCAGAAAUCUCCUUAGUUAAAAACAGUUCAAAAUGGAGAGAACAUACAUUACACAUAAAGAGAUCAAGCGCACGCACAGACAAAAGAGACCCUUAUCUGUAGGACACCUCGGGACAUGGCAGUGACCUUGAUAAACAGUCGACGACAGCACACAUAAAACGAGGACACUGCUUAUGAGUGGGGGAGCAAACCAGACCUCGUCGCACCACCAGGUGCGACGACGAGUUCGAUGGUGUGUUUAAAAAGCACAGUGGAAGCUAAGCGCCAUCGCAAUCCGAAACUAACACCGUCAAAGUUGACAAUCUGAUAAUGCUAUAUGCCCAUGGUCUGGCCAAUCAUGGAAAGCUGACCGCAGCGACGCUUUUAGUCGCACACAUCGCUAAGCGCGUGCCUUCUGCCGCGUGCGUUUCGCACCACCGAAUUUGUUUUUCUCGGCCAGAUAGCGCUGCAGCACGGUGCGAGGUGACGAACAAAUGCGCAGUUCCCACACGCACCCACCUCGUGUGAAGAAUGAACGGAAUUAUAGGUGUGUCAGUGAUUCCAGUGAUGCAGACGAACCUACGACUGCUAGCCACGGGUUUUCAACGUGCGUAACGCAGAUACACGAUCGCAAGCCGGAACGAUGCUCAUCUAGAUAGCAACGGGCAAGGGUGGGGAUUGAACGGGAUUCUGCAGCGCGAGCUCUUGCUACACGUGCUCCUGUGCGUUAAUUAAGAUUCUGCUGCCGAUCUGAAUCAACGCUAAGGUAGCGGAAGACGACGACAAGGGUGCGCGCACAACGGAAACCGGACCGACCGAAGUCAAAAGAGAGAAGGCCGCCGACGACGACGAAGAAGCGGCUGCAGGGAGAGAUAGCGUUCGGGAAGCCCAGCGGUGGUGUGGGUCAUCGCGCGACCGAGAAGCGAUGAGCGUCCCCAUGGCCGACGACGAGCCCUGGGAAGAGGACGACACCCCGGACAAGGACUCCGGCCUCGAGUCCCUCAACGGCUCCUCGGAGGAAGAGGACGAGCUCACGCAGCGGAUUGUGGCCCAGGUCGAGUUCUACUUCUCGGACGAGAACAUCCUACGCGACUCCUUCCUCCUCAAGCACGUGCGUCGAAACCGCGAGGGCUACGUCAGCCUCAAGCUCAUGGCCUCCUUCCGCAAGGUCAAGAGCCUCACCAAGAACUGGGAGCUGGUCCGCGAGGCGCUACGUGCCUCGUCCACGCGCCUCGAGGUGAACGCCGAGGGCACCAAGGUGCGACGCCGAGAACCGCUGCCGGACCACGACGAGACGGCGCCGUCCAGGACCGUCGUGGCCUACCCGCUUCCCGAGAGGGCGUCCGUCGAGGCCAUCGCCGAGAUGUUCUCCCGCUGCGGGCCCAUCUCUCUGCUGCGGCUGCUGCGGCCGGGGGGCACCGUGCCGCCCUGCGCCAAGCGGUUCCUCCAGAGACACCCCGACGCGACAGGAUGCCCCGCGGCCGUGGUCGAGUUCGAGCGCCACGACGGAGCCAGCCAGGCCCUGAGACAAGGCAGCCAGUUCCUCCGCGUCCUGCCGCUCGCCACCGGUCAGCCCGGCGUCACGUCGGGAGGCUUUGCCGCCGCGCUGGAGGACAGUCGCAAGCGGCGGCCGGUCACGGCGUCGCUGCUCCAGGGAACCAUCUCGUCGUCCUCGCUGGGGCCACGCCACAAGUCGCACAGCCAGGGGGACGUCAGCGCCGGUCUGUGGGUGAAGAAGCGGGCCGAGGGCAGCAGCCCGGUGCUGCGUCAGCCGCGCGGUCCCGACGGCACCAGGGGUUUCCACCAGGACGCGCUGAGGACGACCCCGUGUCUGCUGGCGCCCUCCUGAGCGGCGGCCGCGGGUCUGUUCUUUGAGACCGCGGCUGCUGCCCAAAAUUUCGCCAUCUGCUUCUCUCCUUUAUUGUGUAACAACUGCCAUUAAAACGUGUUUUGA